CGAAAAGAACAUACAGAAAACACUUCUUUUACAUUUCACACUUACAGUGAGAGAGAGAGAGAGAGAAGAGGAGAGCAUUAGAGGUAGAAGAAGCAAAAGAGAGAGAUAAUGGCUCUGAACUCCUUUGCUGGAUGCAGAUGGGGUUCCAUUUUCAUGUUUCUGUUUAGUCUCUCCAUCGCCGUCUUAGUCACCGUCGCCGUGGCCGACGACGACAAGGCUCCGCCGGUCGCUGAUGGUUUGGUGAUUAACGGCGACUUCGAAACAUCACCGUCAAAUGGCUUCCCAGACGACGGGGUAACCGACGGAGCAUCCAUGAUUCCAAGCUGGAAAUCAAACGGCACGGUUGAGCUAAUUAGUUCCGGUCAAAAACAAGGCGGGAUGAUCCUAAUCGUACCACAAGGCCGCCACGCCGUCAGAUUAGGGAACGAUGCGGAGAUCAGCCAAGAUCUAACGGUUGAGAAAGGUUUCGUCUACUCGGUCACGUUCAGCGCUGCCCGCACGUGCGCGCAACUCGAGUCAAUUAAUGUGUCGGUAGCAUCUGUGAACGCGGACGCUGAUGAUAUGGUCGCGUCUCGGAACGUGGAUUUGCAAACGCUUUAUAGCGUUCAGGGUUGGGAUCCUUACGCGUGGGCGUUUGAAGCUGAGGAGGAUCAUGUUCGUUUGGUUUUUAAGAAUCCUGGUAUGGAAGAUGACCCGACUUGUGGUCCUAUCAUCGAUGAUAUUGCCAUUAAGAAGCUCUUCUCUCCUGAUAAACCCAAAGAUAACGCGGUGAUUAAUGGAGAUUUCGAAGAAGGUCCAUGGAUGUUCAGGAACACGUCUCUUGGUGUCCUGCUUCCGACAAACCUCGACGAAGAGAUAUCUUCUCUUCCGGGUUGGACUGUUGAAUCGAACCGUGCGGUCCGGUUUGUUGACUCGGAUCACUUCUCUGUUCCAGGUGGUAAAAGAGCUGUCGAGCUUCUCUCGGGUAAAGAAGGCAUUAUUUCACAAAUGGUCGAGACCAAAGCAGAUAAGCCCUACUUAUUGUCAUUCUCUCUCGGCCACGCCGGUGAUAAAUGUAAAGAGCCGUUGGCUAUAAUGGCGUUCGCAGGCGAUCAGGCGCAGAACUUUCAUUACAUGGCGCAAGCGAACUCGAGUUUCGUAAAGGUUGGUUUGAAUUUCACUGCUAAGGCUGAUCGAACCAGAGUGGCAUUCUACAGUGUUUAUUACAACACGAGGACUGAUGAUAUGAGCUCCUUGUGUGGACCUGUGGUCGAUGACGUUAGAGUUUGGUUCUCCGCCGGGUCGAAGAUCAAUGGAGCUGGAUUCGGAUUGUGGCUUUCGGUUUUGGUUCUCUUGGCGAUCGGUUUGUUUUAAAGUAGAGUCAUUCAAGUUCAAGGUUUAGCUGUUUUAUUCUAGUGUACCAAGAAAAUGUUAUUGCAGACCAAGAAUUCUGUAUGGUUUAUCGAUUAAGGUUAAAGCGAUUUCGAUGGUAUU